GAGGAGGAACGGGUAGCGCCAAGGUCGCAGCGCGCCGCUCGGCGCUGCCCCCGCCCAGCUCCCCGCAGUGCUGUCCCGGCCCCGCGGGCACCCGGCGCGCGCCCUCCCCGGCGCGGAGCUGGCGCCCCGCGCAGACGGCCGGGCAGCGCGGAGGCGGCGGGAGGCGAAGGCGGGCGGGGGCGGCUCCCAUGCGGCACACGCGUGGCGGCGCCGUCCCCAGGCCCAGGUGAGGUAGCACCAUGGGGCAGGCGGGCUGCAAGGGGCUCUACCAGUCGCUGUUCGACUACAAGACGGAGAAGUAUGUCAUCGCCAAGAACAAGAAGGUGGGCCUGCUCUACCGGCUGCUGCAGGUCUCCAUCCUGACCUACCUGGUGGUGUGGGUGUUCCUGGUGAAGAAGGGUUACCAAGAGGUCGACACCUCCCUGCAGAGCGGCAUCAUCACCAAAGUCAAGGGCGUGGCCUUCACCAACACUUCGGAGCUGGGGGAGCGGCUCUGGGAUGUUGCUGACUUUGUCAUCCCCCCCCAGGGAGAGAAUGUCUUCUUCGUCAUCACCAACUUGAUUGUGACCCCUAACCAGCGACAGGAAACCUGUGCUGAGAGCGAAAGCAUUUCGGAUGCCCUGUGCUAUGAGGACAGCGACUGCCCUCCUGGGAAGCCCGUCAUGACUGGAAAUGGAGUGAGGACCGGCCGCUGCGUGCGGGCGGAGAACCUGACAAGGGGAACCUGUGAGAUCUUCGCCUGGUGCCCAGUGGAGAAAAAGUCCAGGCCAGAGAAGCCGCUCCUGGGCGAGGCUGAAGACUUUACUGUUUACAUAAAGAACUUCAUUCGUUUCCCCAAAUUCAACUUCUCCAAGACCAAUGUGCUGGACACCAAAGACAAAGCUUACCUGAAGUCCUGUCAAUUUGGCCCCAAGAACCCCUACUGCCCCAUCUUCCGACUGGGGUCUGUGGUCAGACUGACGGGGACUAACUUCCAGGAGAUCGCCCUGCAGGGCGGUGUGAUAGGAAUCCAGAUCGAGUGGGACUGUGACCUUGACAAAGCUCCGUCCGAAUGCAACCCUCGCUAUUAUUUCAGCCGCCUGGACAGCAGGUUUCCAGGGAGCUCUGUCUCUUCCGGGUAUAACUUCAGGUUUGCCAAAUAUUACCGUGACGGAGCUGGGGUGGAGUUCCGCACCCUGAUGAAAGCUUAUGGGAUCCGCUUUGACGUCAUGGUGAAUGGCAGGGCGGGGAAGUUCAGCAUCAUCCCCACAGUCAUCAACGUGGGCUCGGGGGUGGCGCUCAUGGGUGUUGGGUCUUUCCUCUGCGACCUGGUACUCAUCUACUUCAUCAAAAAGAGCAACUUUUACCGCAACAAGAAAUAUGAGGAAGUAAGGUCUGGCCACUCAGCAAAUGGAAAGGUGAACGUGGAGCAGCUGCAGAGCCUGCAGACAGUGGAGGCGUAGGGGAAGACAGCAGGACAGAACCGUCUGCAGCACUAAAGUGGGGCGGCCUCUUGUCUGCGCCUGCGGGGGACAGGGGCUUCCAGCACCACCGUCUCAUCCUGGGAUCUUGCUACACGCUUUUUGUUGUAUGUGUGGGGAGGAGAGUCUCCGGGUGGCCAGAGUGGCUCAGAUCCAGAAGAGGAGACCCUGGAGAGGGAAGCGGGGCAGGGCAGGGUGUCACUGAUACACGAGUGUUUUCCUUUUUUCUGAGAGCCUAGCUGGACAUUGAUUCACUCAUUUAUUCAUAUAUGCAGUAAACAUUUUUUUCUGUG